UAGGGUACUUGUGUGUGUGAGAAAAAGAAGGCUUGUAGAGAGAGAAAGAAAGUGUAGAGAGAGAAACUGAAGAAGGAGAGAGAGAGAGAGAGAUCUGAGAGAGAGUGAAUCAUAUAAUCAAUCUAUAUCUCUCUGAAACGAAAAACAAAAUAUCAAUUUUGAAUCAAUAAUCAAUCAAAUUAGGUAUCCGCCGGAGUCGUUGAUGUUUUGAGGAAUAUUCCGGCGACUGUUAACAAGUUAGGUUUCCGGUGAGUUAUGUUCGAACAAAGCCGGUGAUGAUACAUACAACAGCAGUAGUAGUAGAUCUGACGGUAAAUAGAUCUAGAAACGUGAUUAAUGGAUAGAAAUAGAGAAGGAAGACGAGCUACUAACCUGGCCGCGCUUCCAAACGGUUUAUCUUCGUCACGGCGGAGACACCGAAGCAGCAGUUUGCGAGAUUCACCUGAUGAAGAAGGAGGUGCGGAGGUGCACGAAUCAGGUAGGUUACGAGACCGAGGUGUGGUGAAGAAAGACCGUGGGGAACGAGAUCGAGAACGAGAACGAGAACGGGAUCGGGAUCGAGAACGGGAGCGGUCGAGUCGGAGUAAAAGGAGGAGAGAGAAUAGGAUGAUUCAUCAUCAUACAACAACAGGGAGUAAUAGAGACGAUGGAGACGAUACAACGUCGGAGAGUGUGAAUGAAGAGGAAGAAGAUGACGACGAUGGUGGUGGUUUGCGGAUGUUGCAUCAGCCGCCGGUGAAUCAGUCUACCGCAGCUGUUUCAACGAGUAAUCAUCAUAAUCAUAAUUCUUCAUCUUCUCAUCCUCAACAGAUUCACCACCGGAAGAGUUUUCCUUCUGGUAAUAAAGUUUUUAGAGCUGCUCCGGCGGCUGCGCCGCCGGCUUGGAAGGCUGCCGACGAGAUGAUUGGUGUAUCGGUGCCAAGAAAAGCUCGGUCAGCAUCUACAAAGCGGAACCACGAAUGGAUUUCUGGUGUUGUUGGUGUUGGAGGAACCGGAAAUGAUCAAAUUCACCGGCAAUCUUCGGAUUCACCUGUACGGCUGGCUUCACCUGCGCCGGCGGCUCCUCCUUCACCUUCAUCAUCCAACGUGUCAGUUAGAAAAAAGAUGAAAGCGAGUGGAGGAGGAUCGAAACCGAGACCACCAAAAUCGUCAUCAAAGUCGUCAUCUUCUAAUCCUGAGGAGCUUGAAAUCGAGAUUGCUGAGGUUUUAUAUGGUCUCAUGACUCAGUCACAAGCUCCCAAGAAAGAAAUUCCAUCCAAUGAUUCUAAUAAGUUAAGUAGUGACACCAAAUCUAGAGUUUCAUCUCCUAUCUCAAACUCAGCUGCUCUACCGCAAAAUUCAACAUCUUUGUCAACUGUUGCACCAAAGAGGAAGAGACCACGGCAAGUAUUGGAAAAUCCGGUUUCUUCUUCAAUUAAAACCGAGAUUGAUCAUCAUCAGCAGCAGCGUCACCAGUCUCCGAAGACGGAUAUUUCUUCUCCUUAUUUGGAAAACAGUAGCCCAGCAUCUGCUGCUGUUGGUGAGAAUGGUCUUUCUUCCUUUGGUUUCACCACUUUGCCGAGUCAGAAGGCGGCUAAUUCGUCCCAAUCAUCGGAACCACCGGUGCCGGUGCCACAGCCGCCGGCGGAAGAAGAGAGGAAAUGUGGUGCGGGUGCGGUGUUGACUAAAGAAGAGGUUGAGAAGGAAUCUCUUUUGGUCAAGUUAAAUGAUGGAAAUAGUAAAGUUGAAGCUGUGAUUACGACAGCUGCAUCUUCUACAGUGGCCAAUCUAAAACUGGCUAAUCCAGAGAGUCAGAGUAAAAAAGAUGAAAAGUUUGAAAUAGAUCUGAUGGCUCCACCUCCUCAACAAAGAACAUCUCACGGAAGUGAUGGCCGCGAUAUUGAUCUUUCUGAUCACAAGGAGGUGGCAAUCCAGUUGCAGGAAACAAGCAAAAUCAGGGAAGAUGAAAAGCUCAGGAAGAGUGACAUCAAUGAGCAGAAAGUGGGGGUUAUCCAAGAAACCGGAGAAUCAUCAAAGCAAGGCAUUAAUGAAGAAAUUAAUAUCCAACUGAACAUUGAUUUGAAAAAACCGAACAAGGGUAGUGCGAGUAUGGUAAGUGGUAGCAGUAAUCCAUCGCUGCAUCAAGCUCUUAAACAUCCACAAUUAUCAGCUAAAUCUGAAACCCACUCCGAAAAGACAGCUCAAUCCAGUGCUAUGCCUAUGCCAAUGUCUGUGCCGAACUGGCCUCCAGUGGGCAGGUAUGUGGCGCCUUUGCAGGGGGUCAUAUCCAUGGAUGGGAACACAAUGGCUUCAGCACCGUUUCAGCCAAUAUUAACACAUCCAAGGCCAAAAAGGUGUGCGACACACUGCUACAUUGCAAGGAACAUUCACUGCAAUCAGCAAUUCAUGAAGAUGAACCCAUUUUGGCCAGCUGCAUCGGGAUCUGCCACCCCCAUGUUUGGGGCCAAACCUUGCAAUCUGAAUGUCAUGCCUUCUACUGAGCUACAUGCAAACAUUCCACAGUCGAUACAAGACAAGGGUCAGGCAGUCGGCAUCCUCCCAGGUUACACCACUGGAAAAGACACCAAAUCUUCCCAACCUGCAACCAUCACUGACCCUGCCCAGAGAAAACAACAGGUUUUGCUUCAGCAAACAAUGCCGUCAGUCGCUCCCAAUAAUAUACUUCAUGGGCCCGCUUUCAUCUUCCCCUUCAACCAGCAACAAGCAGUGGCAGCGGCUUCUGCUUCCGUACGUCCGGGUCCUUCUAAGCUUACAACCAGCACAGCAGCAGGUGGUUUGGGUGCUGCUUCAGGUGCCGCCAAUUCAGCCACAGUGACUUCUUCGACUACAGCAGUUGCGCCUGCAUUGAGCUUCAAUUACCCGAAUAUCAAUGCCAAUGAAACCCAGUACUUGGCGAUUUUGCAGAACAAUCCCUACUCUUUCCCAAUGCCUGCAGUAGGAGCCCCUCCAAAUUACAGACCCAGCCCUCAUGCCCAAGCGAUGCCUCUGUUCAAUGGCUCGUUCUAUUCCUCACAGAUGAUACACCCGUCUCAAGUUCCACAACAACCCCAGCAAGCCACUCCACCAACUCAAGCUCAAAAUCAUCACCCCUCUCAGUCCCAGCAAACCCACCAGAACAGUAGUGGUUCUACAUCCUCUUCACAGAAACAUUUGCAAGCUCAACAGCGGCCGCAAGGUAUUGUUGCUCCUGCUGCAAGUGGCAGUGGAAAUAUUGGGAGUUUGCACAACAGCUAUCAUGCUGCUGCCCAUAAAAGCCGAUCACAACAAUCUUCUCAGCAGCAGCAGCAGAACCCACACAUGAACCCUGCACUACAAGUACGGCACCUUGAAAAUGAGGUGACUGGUGGUGAGGAUAGCCCUUCAACUGCUGAUAGUAGAGUUUCGCGGGCAGCAAACACAAUGAGUGUUUACAGCCAUAAUUUUUCCAUGUCGGGUCGUUCUAAAGCCUUCCCUCAGAUGGACCACCCUAACGGUGCACUGACCAAGGCGGCUGGCGCGGCUAGUGCCAACUCAAGUGAUAAGAAACAACAGCAACAGCAGUCACAACAGCAGGGAUUAAAAAGGGGUGGUGUUGAAUCAUCUCUUCCACCUCAGGCUUUUGCAAUGUCUUUUGCUGCUCCUAUGAAUGGCACCACUGGUAACAUAUCUUCUAUGGCUCAAAACCAUGCCAUUUUCCAAAGCUUGCCGGAAUCAUUACGACAAAGUUAUAUGAUGGCAGCACCUACGGCAGCAGCCCACCAAUCUCAACAGAAGGAUUUUAGAAUAUCUGAAGAGGCUGCUAGAACCGGUCAUGAUUCUUCCAAUGCUGACGAGGACAGAAAGGUCAGUUCAGGGUUGACCGCAAAAUCCGGUCAGUCUAUUGCAUUUUCUAGACCAGAUCUUGUUGCAGACGCCUCUGGUUCUAAUAAUCGGUCAUCUCGAUCUCCUAUGUCAUCCUCUAUGGGAGCAGCUGCUCAGUCUUCUCAUCCCUUAAGUGCUCAUUAUCAACCGCAGCAACAUGCCCUUCAGCUUCAGAAGCAGCAACAACAGAACCAGAACAUGAAUAAUGCUCGGGCCAAGAACCAAGCGUCAAGUAAUGGAAGUGCAUACCCAGAGCAUUUGAUAACUUCAUCUUCUUCAAUGACUGCCAAGUUCCCAAACUCCAUCUCAUCUUUUCCGCUCCAAACCAGCAACACCAGUAGCUCGCCGGUUCAAUCUCCUCAGUGGAGAAACCCAGCGAGAGGUCCAACCACGUCUCAAGUUCCAUCUUCUCUUGCUUCAGCAACCACCACAUCUUCCCUCAAGAACAACCUUCACCAAUCCCAACAACAGUCAAGUAGGUCACACCCACACCCACACCAACAAUCACAUACGCAGAUAUCUUUUGGUACAACCACAAGUCAGAAACCGCUGUCUACCGCAUCGGUACAGAUGCAGAAUCAAAAUCCUAGUAGCAAUAGUGGUAACCAGUCUCCAUCUCCUCCAAUGCUGGUUGGCUCUCCUACAGCUUCCAUAUCUAAGGGCGUUGGUGGUGGGACCAGUCAGGGUUCUUCUUUGUCAUCAUCUCAACCGGCCAAGAACUCUCCUGUAGUAGUGACCCAGAGAUCUUCACCAGGCAUUCUAGGUAACCCCAACAGCUCAAAUUCUACGAAAUCUCAACAACAGCUACAACAGAAGCAAACAUUACAUCAGCAGAAAGUCCAGGCAAUGAUGAUGUACGGUCAACCUUACAUGCAAGUUCAACAACAGGCUCAGGCCCAAGCUCAACAACAUGCCGCCAGCUCAAUGUCACAAGCCCAGAUGAUGAUGUACACUCAUCCUAUAAGACUGCAGCAGCAGCAGCAGCAGCAGCAGCAGCAGCAGUCGUCAUCGCAGCAAUCAUCUUCAACAGCCAUGCUGUCACUUUGCCCACCCGUGACACAUGCAAGUACCACCACUUCCGACCCUGCCAAAGCAAUUGCAGCGGCGACCAGCAUGAUGAACCAUCCUCAGUAUGGCGCUGCAGCUGCACAGUCGUCCAUGCCUGCUGGAUUCCCUCAGUACGUUCACAAUUCCCCUGCUGCAGCUGCAGUUCAGGUCAAACCUGCAGAGCAAAAACAACCAGCUGGAAAUGACAAUUUGCGUGUGUCUCAGCCUGAGAAGAAGUAGAUGUUAUACACACGGCAGAGUGGUGCUGUUUGACGGGCCGGUCUCAUUCUGUGAAGAAAGCAGGUCAAAGUUGCGGAUCAAAGUUUUUGACAGGAUCCGGGAUCGAAAACCUCCAUGUUCUUGAAGUUUUGCUACAAAUGAUGUAUUGAAGGGGGGGUUUGGUUGGUGGAUAAAGAAGUUUGGUGCUUCUUUGUGUUUAGGUUUUAGUCCUUUUCUUGGGGGUUUCUUUUUGGUGAAUUAUCUCCUUUUGAAGGGUUCAAGACAAUAAUAAUGUUGCUGGACAUAUAUUAUAUAAAAAGACAAAAGGGAAGGGGUGGGGGUUGCAUAUAUUUAUAUUAUUAUAUAUUUUUGACGCACAUGAAAAAGAGUUAACCCUUUGAUUUUUAUAUGUUUAAUCUUUUGGUUGAUGCUU